AUGCAGUGGGUCGCUCUGGCAGUGGCCCUGGGGUGUGUGUGCCUGUCCUGGGCAUCGCACACCCCCACCCCUACCCCCACCUCCACACACACACCUCUAGUGGACAACUCCGAGGAGGAAGUGGACGAGCCGUGCUUCGAGCCGUGCACGUGCGAGGUCAAAGAAGGUGUGCUGCAUGUGCACUGCGAUGGCCGGAGCUUCACUAAUGUCAGCCAGGUGUCACAGUCGUGGGUCCGCCCUUUCAAACUCAACCUCCAGAGGAACUCUCUGAGGCGUCUCUAUAGCAACGGGUUUCAGCACCUUGGCAACGCAGUGUCGAUAAACCUUGGCAACAAUGCACUCCAGGACAUCCGAGUGGGAGCUUUCCACGGUUUGGCCAAACUGAGACGCCUGUACCUCCAUGAGAACAAGCUGGAGGUCUUCAGAAAUGAUACCUUCGCUGGCUUAGAGGCUCUGGAAUACCUCCAGGCUGACUACAACGUGAUCAAACGAAUCGACAGCGGUGCUCUGAGGUUCCUCUACAAGCUCCGGGUUCUCAUCCUCAACGACAACCUGAUCCCUGUCUUGCCUGCUCAUCUGUUCAGAUCUGUGUCUCUGACUCAUCUGGACCUGCGGGGAAACCGUCUGAAGAGCCUGGCAUAUGCUGGGACCCUGGAGUACGUCGGCCGCUCCCUGAUGGAGCUACAGCUGGAGGAGAAUCCCUGGAACUGUGGCUGCGAGGCAGUGCAGCUACAGCAGUGGCUGGGUCAGAUCCCCUACACGGCUGUAGUCGGGGACGUUACCUGCGAGUAUCCCUUCCAUCUUCACGGCAAGGACCUGAGGGAAAUCCCCCGCAAGGAGCUGUGUGCUGACCUCCCGGAUAAAGAGCUACAAGCAGAGGGAGGUGGUCCAUCAGCAGGAUCACAGCCCCAACAUUUGCCCCCAAACCCGAAACCCAAUUCCCACCCUGGGCGAGUUAGGCCGACUAAACCCUCCUCCAUGGUCCACGGCUCCCGGCAAAACACUCAUACCUCCUCCACGUCGUCAUCCUCUUCCUCAGCCGAGCGUAAAGACAGGGAGAGGCACCCGAGGCCGACUAAAAGGCCUCGGCCCUCCAGAAUAUCCCCCACACCUCGCGGUCCCAACCAGAAUCCCCCCGUGGCUGGCUACCAAACACGGCCCCCCAUUCCCAUCAUCUGUCCCCUGGGCUGCACUUGCAACCUGCACAUCACGGACCUGGGCCUGACCGUCAACUGCAAGGAGAACGGCUUCCUCAAUGUGUCCCAGCUCACGCCUCGACCUCUCAAUGGCCGCAAGCUGUACCUGAGUGGAAACUUAAUCCAGAGGAUCUACCGCACGGACUUCUGGAAUUUCUCCAGCCUCGACCUGCUUCACCUGGGGAACAACCGGAUCUCCUACCUCCAGGAGGGGGCCUUCUCCAGCCUGACAAGCCUGAGGAGCCUCUACCUGAAUGGGAAUAACCUGGAGAGGCUCAGCCCCCACAUGUUCCUGGGGCUGCAGAAUCUGAGGUACCUUUAUUUUGAAUACAACGAGAUACGUGAGAUAGACCCCGGGACCUUCGACUCCAUGCCGUCCCUCCAGCUGCUGUUCCUCAACGCCAACCUGCUGCGGAGCCUCCCUCUCGGCGUGUUUUCUGGAGUUAAUCUGGCGCGGCUCAACCUGAGAAACAACCACCUUCUGCAGCUUCCAAUGGUUGGCGUGCUGGAACACCUCACCGGACUGGUGAAGGUGGACCUGCAGCAGAACCCGUGGGAGUGCAACUGUGAAGCAGCUCCGCUGAAGCGGUGGCUGGAGGGGCUCAGUGCAGUGGUGGUGAUGGGAGAGGUGGUCUGCCAUUCCCCGGAAAAGACCAAAGGCGUGGACCUCCGCUCCCUCUCCAUGGAGCUGCUCUGCCCUGAGCUGGAGCCCCAGGAGGACCAGGAGCGGGAGGAGCAGACGGCCACCUCCACAGCCGCAGACAACAGUGUAUCGGUUGGCUACCCCGGGUCAGGGCUGGGGCCCCUGAUCCCUCCAGGGAAGGAUUCAAUCCCUCUGUCGGUGUUAGUGCUCAGCCUGCUGGUGUUGUUUGUGUCUGCAUUCUUCGCGGCAGCGGCACUAAUCGCCUACGCCCUGAGGAGGAGAGACAAGCUGCCGUUCCGUCGCCAGGGAGAGGUAGACUUGGCCGGCAUCCAGAUGGAGUGUGGAAUCUUCACCGAGCAGACGCACCACCACCACCACCAUCACCACGGCCUCCCGGAGACGCCGCCCCUACCGCCGCCCGAACACAACCACGUCUACGACACCAUCUUGCCCCCGGAGGCUGCGUCGAAAGGUCCUAACCCCGCCGCGGCCUCGCACAUGUGUAGCAACCCCAUCUACAAAGAGGAGCAGGAUGCAGCGGUGACACAGCGACCACAGCAGCAGCAGACGUUUGCAGCUUCCAAAGAGAGCGAGGGAGGAUACUGUUCUGCAGCAGAGAAGGAGAGGGAGUGGACUCUGGAGGUGUCCUCAUCUCCCAUCAACACCGUCACGGGAGCAAUGGGUCCGCUCGCCGGCCUCCACGGGAACGGCAUCCUCUGCCCCACCGUGAUCGACAGCCAGGGCCCCACCCCCAAGGUCGAACUGGUGGACUGCCUCUUCAGACUCCCAGCCCCUGAGUUCAGAGACCUGCCAGACAGGUACGCGAGGCCGCCGCCCCGCUACCCCCACCCCCAGGACUCCAAGCAGGAUGCUAGACCCGACCAAACGCUCGUGGUCACCACCGCCAGCUCCACAGCAGGCGGUGGUAACAGCAGCCAGGGCGAGCAGGGGGCACUAGAGCAGAGAGCCAGACUGAGGACCACACCAGACUACAUGGAGGUGCUGGACCGCUCUUACCAGUUUUAA